AUGGACACAGCAGAUCCAGAGGCCAAGCGUCCACGCUUGGGUUCCUACAGCGGACCGCCACAAUCUCAGUGGGCUUCCGAACUGCCGCCGCAUCAUCAUACCAACCAUGUCAGAGCUCCUCAACCGCCGCCGUCACAUCUUCCUCCACCGCUCUCCUAUGAGCCCAUGUCCGCUGAAGGCCGGGCAUUGCCACACCCCAUGUCGCACAGUUAUAACAAUCCUCCUCCUCAUCCGGGCUACUCGGCGCCUGUAGAUCCUCCUCGACCCUUCCAUCCUGAACAGGUCUUUCCUCGACCUGGAAGUGCUACAGUGCCGCCGCCGCCGCCGCCGCCGCCGACGACGACACAAACCGAUUCCCAACAGCAUCCACAAUUGCGGCCUCUGGCGGUGCCCACCGUCCACGACGGGCCCCAACAUCAGCAGCACCUGAUGGACCAUCAUCCACUUUCUCUGCCACAUCCUCCUCCUCAUCCUCACCAUCACGGUCCACCGGUUCACGAGAGUCUGCCCAAUGGUGUCGUUCACCAUGGCAUGUCCUUACCGCACCCUCACGAACCUAUGCCAGGUUCCGCGAUCGAUCAUAACGGCUCAUACGGUCCAUCACCUGUAUCCGCGCCGCCGGCUUAUGGGCCAGGAAUACCAUUUGGCCCACCUGCUUUGGUCACCAGCAUAGUAGGACCUCCCAGAAGGAAAGCAAUACGCGCUACACAGGCCUGUGACGCGUGUCGAGCACGGAAAGCAAAGUGCGAUGAGGGUCGUCCCUCUUGUGGGUUUUGCAAGGAAACACAAAAUACUUGCGUCUAUCGUGAUGUACCACCUGCCAAACAAGAUCGUGCGCAAACUCAAAUGGCGGAACAACAGGCGCAAAUAAUUGAGGCUCUGAAUGCUUUACGUGCAGAGUUUGCUGAACUUCGAAAGGAUUAUUUUACAGACAAGGCCAGGCAUAUGCAAGUCUUGCAAUCACCAAAGUCCGAGCCGGUCGACUCAGUCGCAUUCGCAGCUCAGAGCUUUGUCCCGCCAGAAAGGCCUGCCCCGGAACGUGCAAGCCAGCAGAGUCGCGUUGAGACACCGACACAUAGGGACUCUGAGGCCCCAAACGCUUAUGCCCCGACAAUGUCUCGAGCAGAAUCGAUGAAUACAGAGGAUAUUAAAGUAGAGGAGCGCAUUGGAGAACUCUCCAUUCCCAUCGAACACACGACAGCCGCUCAGAAACUUUUGCGAUGGCCCUCCAUUGCCGAUCUUGCCAAGGCUAGCGGCGUCGUGAACGAAAACUACGUCAUGGAGGGAGAGGAACGGCGAGGUCUUCUUCGACUCUAUGGACGAGGCGAAGGCCUGGAUUCUUUUGAUGGUGGUAGACCUGGUCCGCUAAGCCCUGCAGCCUCGCGAAGUUCAGAACAGGAUGGUCGAAUCAUGAGCCCGGCUAGUCCUCCUUCGGAGGGUUUAUGGGGCACUGGUCUGUCACCGCCGGCCAUGGAGACGUACAGAGCCCUGCCUGAACAAAAUCCGUUUACAAGUGGAGCACAUCAGGCGAGCUAUUUAAAGUUGGAUGCCAAAACAAUUUAUCGUCUAUUCGAGAGCUACGUGAAGAACGUUCAUAUUCUUCAUCCCUUUCUGGACAAGCCGCGACUAUCAAAAAUGAUCGAGACCUUUGUUGCUCGAUACGCCACUUCGACUUCAAAUGGGCUUGAAACGCCACAUAGGGACAGUCAACGAGAGUACCACGCACCGUCUCAUAGAGGCCCGAAAAGGAAGCGAUCCCUUGGGUCCACUGCAAGUCACAGCCUUCCCAGUAACGGAUCCUCCCCGAACCAACAGUCCAAUAUGGCGACGCUUCCUGAGCGCUCAAUUAGCACUGCUUUGGUAUUACUGGUUCUUGCUCUGGGUAGAAUCUGCGAACACAAAGAUCCCCUCCCUGCACUUGUAUCGGAAUAUGGACAGUGGGACCCGCCAGGGACUUACGCCUCCUUUCCAGUGCAACUUGACUCACCUCCGAUGCUGACGAAGCAGUCGCCCUCAUCACGCUCUCCGAGUGACUGGGGCCGACCGACUCCACCAAGUCGUCGACCGUCGAUUGAAACUUUGGCAUCGGAGGAGCGGAGAGACCUUCAUCUAAAAAACAUUGACGUGAUACCUGGAUUGGCAUACUAUGCAUAUGCUACGGAUAUCCUUGGGAACCUACAUGGGGGGAAUGACCUCCCCCAUAUUCAGGCGAACCUACUUGCAGGCCUUUACGCCGGUCAGCUAGCAAGAGUCAUAGAGAGCUGGGCCUGGAUCAAUUCUGCAAGCCGAGCCUGCCAAGUGCUUAUACAUCCGACCAAAUUCACACAAGAAAAGGACGACGUGCGGCGCGAUCUGAUCGUGUUUGCCUUUUGGACAUGUUUACAAUUAGAAAGCGAUAUUCUGGCUGAGUUGGAUUUGCCGGCCUCUGGCAUCUCCCGUUAUGAGGAUUCGGGGAUUGGAUUUCCCUUGGGCGUCUCUUUGGGCCUUCCCCCGGAUGCUCUUGGCGAGAAGCCGGAAACUCUGAUGAUGAUGUAUUAUUCGGCACAGAUCCAGCUUCGCAAGAUUUUGAAUCGGGCUCAUUCUGCAUUGUAUUCUACCGACAAAAAUUCAAAGCAUGCUGGUUGGUCAAAUCUGACAAGCAAAGAUCUCGCGGACCAGCUUCAGAGUUGGCGAGAAACGCUUCCCACGCGGAUGAGAUGGUCAGACACGGAUCCGCCGGCUACAGACAUUAAUGCUGCUCGCCUGCGUGGUAAAUACUAUGGAGCGCUCUAUAUUAUACAUCGUCCUUUUCUCCAUCAUGCGAUUCACCCAUUGCAAGUUCCAGGGAGUGCUCGCGGCUCAAAAUCCUCGUCCGCUUGUGUAUCGGAUCGACAGGGCGGACAAGACUCGCCUGUGUUUCAGAAUCUUACCUCUGAUAACUCCCGACGCGACAGCAAGGGGAUGCCUCCACCUCGGAGAGAUGUUUCGGAUUCAACACAAACAGUCCAAGAGGCUGCUGAGAUUUGCAUCAAAGCUGCCAUGCAAAGCACCAUUGCUUUUGAUGGCGUCCAUAAACGGCCAAUCGUCACCAACAUAUUUGGCACCGCCCAUGCUCAAUUCGGCAACAUGCUAGUUCUUGCGGCAACGUACCGAUCAAACUUGGGUCACUUGGUCCCGCGGAAAAAGCUCGACGCGCUGCUCAUCCGUACGAUUUACUUCCUCCGCAAUCACGACAAUAUCUCUCCCACUCUCCGUUACGACGGCAUAAUUCUUGAAGGGAUCCGGAAUAAGCUUUUUGGAAAUCAAAUCGCAUCAUCUUCUUUUUCAUCGACCGGCAGUCAAUAA